UUUUUCACAAUUUACAAAGCUAAGUGGAUGAGCCAUGGAAACCGUCCUCUCUCCCUCACAUUCUCGCGCCAUAUCCAACCAUCCCAACCUUUCCUUCUUCAGGGACCAAGCUAAGAUAAGUUCAUCAAACCAAAAAAUAUGUAAAUCUAGCAAGAAAUUUGUAUCUUCUUCUUGUGAAUUUUCAGAACCCACCUCCCAAAAUGGGUUUUGCAGAAGGGAUAUUAUUCUACUUGGAUUUACUGCUUCAGUUGCUACAGUCUUCCCUGUUGAAGGAUCGGGUGCUGAUGAAGAGUUAAAAAUGGCUCCAAUAGUUGAUGAUCUAAAUGCUUAUUCAUAUCUGAUUCCUUUGGAAAUGCCUUCCAAGAAAUUUUUCUUUAAAUGGGUGGAGUCGAGAAAACCCGAACGCUAUUCAUCUGCAGCACCUCUGUCUCCUAAUGCACGGCUACGGAUUGUGUCUGAACGUGUUGAUUUUAUUGACAACCUCAUUCUUUCUAUUACGAUAGGUCCCCCCAAUCCAAUAUUCUUAAAGUCAGAAGAUAAGACUACAUGGGAAGCGAAGGACGUUGCUGAUUCUGUGUUAUCUGACAAGUCUGCUUUGCGAGUUACCUCAAGUCAACGCAUGGCAGAAAGUUCAGUUCUUGAUGCUCACACUUCGGAAAUCGAUGGUGAACCAUAUUGGUACUAUGAAUACCUAGUUCGCAAGUCACCUACAAAAACUGUGCAAGACUCGAAUAUCUUUCGGCAUUAUGUCGCUGCAUCUGUCGAACGUGAUGGAUUUUUGUACACUUUGAAUGCUUCGACACUCAACAAGCAAUGGGACAUGAUGGGGCCGGUGCUCGAAAAAACCGUGGCUUCUUUUAGGCUUCUCCCUCCUACUGAAAACUAUGUUCCACCAUACAAGGAUCCAUGGAGAUUCUGGUGAUCGAUUUCUGAUCAUUUCUUUGUGAAAUUUUGGUUGGUUAAUUACUAGGAUUGCGGAAUUGCGAUUCCGUAGCUAGCGUUUAGCUCGUGAAUUCACUUCCAUUUUUCGAAUGAUAAUCUUGUAAAUGUUUGGGUGCAUCCGGCUCAAAAAAUGACCUGGGUGAGCCUAGUUUUUUUUAGGGGACUUGAGAAUGAGUGUUAACGAGUGGAGUUGAGUCGAGUCGAGUCGAAUAGCUGAUUGUUCGGGUUACGCUCGAGAAAACAAUAUGAGGUUCGAGUUCGACUUGAGUAUGAAUUGUUUUUUUUUU